ACUCGCCCCCGCCUCACCCUGCCCGUCUCCCAUAGGAGGACACAGCCACAGCCCUCCAGCGGCUGGUGGAGCUGACGGCCAGCAGGGUGACCCCAGUGAGGAGCCUCCGGGACCAGUACCACCUCAUCCGGAAGCUGGGCUCCGGCUCCUACGGCCGUGUGCUCCUCGCCCAGCCUCACCAGGGGGGCCCGGCUGUGGCUUUGAAGCUCCUGCGUCGGGACUCGGUCCUGAGAAGCACCUUCCUGAGGGAGUUCUGUGUGGGCCGCUGCGUCUCUGCGCACCCAGGCCUGCUGCAGACGCUGGCGGGACCCCUGCAGACCCCCCGCUAUUUUGCUUUCGCGCAGGAGUAUGCACCCUGUGGGGAUCUCAGCGGGAUGCUGCAGGAAAGGGGCCUCCCAGAGCUGCUGGUGAAGCGGGUGGUGGCCCAGCUGGCAGGAGCUCUGGACUUCCUCCACAGCCGGGGCCUGGUCCAUGCAGACGUCAAGCCGGACAACGUGAUGGUCUUCGACCCGGUCUGCAGCCAUGUGGCCCUGGGGGACCUGGGUCUGACCCGGCCAGAGGGCAGCCCGACCCCUGCCCCUCCAGCACCUCUGCCCACAGCACCACCCGAGCUCUGCCUCCUGCUACCACCCGACACCCUGCCUCUGCGGCCAGCGGUGGACUCCUGGGGCCUGGGGGUGCUUCUCUUCUGUGCUGCCACUGCCUGUUUCCCUUGGGAUGUGGCACUGGCCCCCGAUCCUGAGUUCGAGGCCUUUGCUGGCUGGGUGACCACCAGGCCUCAGCCACCUCAGCCACCACCACCCUGGGACCAGUUUGCGCCCCCAGCCCUGGCCUUGCUCCAGGGGCUUCUGGACCUGGAUCCCGAGACAAGGAGCUCCCCGUUGGCUGUCCUGGACUUCUUGGGGGACGACUGGGGGUUGCAGGGGAACAGAGAGGGGCCUGGGGUUUUGGGAAGCGUGUCCUAUAAGGAUGGGGAGGAGGGAGGCUCAAGCCUGGAGGAGUGGACAGAUGAGGACGAUAAUGACAAAAGUAGCGGGAGAACGGGGACAGAUCGGGGAGCUCCCUGACCAGGUGACAGGGACAGGUGGCCAGAGCCUGGGCCAAAGGCCCUUCCCCCAGCCCCUAGGGCCACCUGGAUGGAGAGACAGCUGCAGCCAGGAGGACAGAGAGGAACAGGCUGCACUCUCCCUGUGGGACACUGGGCUUGGCUGUACCACCCCUCUUCCAACUGGGGACUCAGGAGUCCAGCUCCUGCUCCUCCUCUCUCAGACCCAGGGUCCGGGCUCCCAGCCCUCCCCCUCGAGAACACCUCCUUUUCCUUCUGUCCUGAGUAUGUCUUCUUGAAGGAAGAAGGCGCUGGUCCCCCCCCCCCACCUCACCACCCUCCCCUUGUGUGUUUUUGUAUUCACAGGACAUGCUGAAUGGGUAU